AUGUCACUGGAAGUUGGUGGACCAACAUUAUUUUGCACUGAACAGUAUGUGCUACCAAUAGAUUCAAGCACUACAUUAGGUGAUGCCAUACGCUGUGGCCGCAGCUGGGGUAGCAGACAUCCGAGUGAUGAUUGGCUCCCUGAGUCGAUGGAUAUAUCUCCACCAAUUUACAAUGCUUCUGCGCCAAAUACAGAUCUUAACAGUACGCACCGGACUUGUGGACCAUAUUUCAUACUUGCAGGGAGCUCUAACAUAACGCUAUUACAAGCUUGGCAAUGUGGUGUACUUGCUGGUAACAGAGCUACGUCCUCGUCGUCCAAUGUGGUAAAGACUCCCCAUUUAUUGUACCUGAUGAUUCUAAUUGCGUAUUUCGUGUGA